UUUUUCUUUUUCUUUUUUUUUUUUUCCUUCUUCUUCUUUUUAUUAUUAUUGUUAUUUUAGAUAAAUUGUAUAUAUAUAAUAAUAUGACCUCUGCAUUAUCUUCACAUUAUUACAUAAGCCAUUUGCAUAACAAUACGAAUAAUGCAUCCUAUAAUAGAAAGAGAAUUGUAUUAAAACGCUCUACAAUUCAAAUCAAUGAUCCCGUUGUUGUACAACAAAAGUAUAACUAUAACACAAAACCCAAGAAAUCUGUGCGUUUUCAUGAUGAACAACUUGAACAAGUUCGUUAUUUCUAUAAAACACAAUCACCAGAUGCAGUCAAGGAGGACCCACCCUUGAUGAACACUACAGUAGAUGACUAUAAACUAUUGCAACCUAAUUGGCCUUCAAGAAACAGUCUUUUUUACAAUUCAGAUACCAAGAUUCGUAUGGAAUCAGUGCAAUUGGCUGAUGGAAGUUGUGAACAAAUGGCUGAAAAUAAACAUGUGAUUCAAGGUCGUUGUAGAGCAUUUAAUCUAUCCUUUCAUAAGCUGGUCUCUAUUCGUUAUACCUUUGACUUGUGGCGUUCGUAUGAAGAAACAACGGGUGUCUUCCGUGAAUCUAUUCCAAGCACAUCUAAUACUUGGGAUAGAUUUGAUUUUUCUAUUCCCUUUGAAGCCAAAAAUACCUGCCAAACCCUGUAUCUUGCUUUAAGGUAUACUGUAGAUAAUCAAGAAUUUUGGGAUAACAACAAUGGUUUGAAUUAUGAAAUUAUCAUUAGUCCUAAUCAUGAACAUCAAGAUACUACAACUGAUAUCAAAGAAGAAGAAGAAGAAGAAGAUAGAAAAGAAAGAGAAGAAAAAGAAAAAUCAAUUCAAAAAGAUAAUAUAAAGGUUUUGGGUAAAAGAUAUGAUUUUACUGCUUCAUUAUCUGCAGCACGUAAACCCUUUUCUCCUCCACCUUCUCCACCUGGAACUCCUGAAGAUACAGAUCUCUUUAAUUAUACCCCUCCUGUCUUUUUCUCUACUGUUUCUACUCCUGUUACACCUAAAAAGCCUGAAAUGACUACUGCUACUACAGCUUAUCCCUUGAUAAAGUCAAAUCAUCUUUCUUAUUCGUCUGUAACUGAACCUAUUCCCAUUAUCUCUUCUUCUUCUACUCCUACUACUACUACUAUGAACUCGUCUCCUACUAUGGGUACUGAAGGAUUCCAAAUGAGCUAUUCUGACUUUAUUAACAAGUAUUGUUUUUAUAACUCGCAUACUAAUCCCAUGUAUAAUAUCUAUUCAACUUCACCCUCUGCUGUUAUUUCUUGAAAAAAAAAAUAUUUGGAUUUGGAUCUAAUUUUUCAUCAUCAUACCAUUCUGUAUAUAUCUUUCCUCUUUAUUUUAAUUUUUUCUUAUUAUCGUUAUUAUCUAAUGCUUCUUACUAAAAAUUGAAUAUGUUUCUAUUGUUUCUUUUUUUUU